ACAUGAUUGUUUCUAAAUUGCAGAUCUUGAAGGCAAGACAGAUCAUAAAAUACAAGCUCUAGAAGAAGUAGAAGAGCUCAGAACUAAAAGAGCAGAUAAACAGUCCAUGCUGCUUUGGAUGCUUUUCAUAAAGAUCGAGCACCUUUGCCUCAACCAUUGCCAAACCCUCCACCUCUGGCACCAUUGCCUCUAGCCACGCCUGAUCCUUGGACCCAGGAAAAUGAUAAUGGAAAGUUGAAGAAAGCUGAGGAUCUUGGUGAGAAGGGGAUGAUAGAUGAGGCACAAAAAGCUUUAGAAGAGGCUGAAGCACUUAAAAAGACUGAUUCAAAGCUACAGGUUUGUGACAUUUGUGGACCAUUUUUGAGUGUUUAUGACAGUGAUUGAUGUUUAGCAGAUCAUUUUGGAGGCAAAUUUCAUUUAGGCUAUAUGCAAAUCCAUGAUAAACUAGCAGAGCUUCAGGUAAGAUUGUUUAUAUGCUAUGGUGGCUUUGCUUUACGAAUUGCAUUGGGGUCGGAAGUCCCUGCUGUCCAAGAUUUUGGUUUUAUAGAUUGCCUGAGCUUUUCUCCACGUGCUAUGUGCAUUCAACUUUUCUUUUCUUUUUCCCUUUUUUUUUUUUUAAUAAAAUUAAUCAGACCUUUAUUUACUUCCUUUGCCUAUUAGAUUCUAGUAUAACAGCAAAUUAAAUGCUUUUGUGCUUAGUAGGUAUCUCUAUUCCUCUAUUGAUCUUUUCCAGAUGUCCUUAAGUUUGUAUUGUGAAUAUGUUGGUUCAGGUGCUGGUAUAAUGUUUCUCAUUCUUCUAUAAAGAUUCUCAGUUAGUAUCAUCUGUGAGUUUUUCUGACCUUGGAGAAGAAUAUUAUGCCCCGUUUUCUAAUUUCUUUUGAUUGUUUGUAGAUGCUCUGAUGCUGGACUUUAAAACACAGCAUUUUCUACCUUGUGUGUGCAUAUUUGGUUUAAAAUGCAUUAUGAAAUGUCUUGGUUCUCACCCAAUUUUGAUAGCUCAGUUUUGUCUGCUGAAAGCAGGAAAGAAAAUGUAAAAUAUGAAAUCAAAUAAGACAGAAAAAGUAGAAAAAAUGAUUUCGUUCUGGGCAUUUUAAGAAUAGAGGGAAAAAAGGCUCUUAAAAUCUGACGAUAAACCUGAUGGAUGGAAGGCCUGGUUUGGUCAAGGUAAGCUGCCUAUGGAUUAUGCCUAGCAUUUAAUUCUGACCUAAUAGUCUUGUGGUAUGAUAUAUUUGGCUAAAUUGAGGUGGCAUUUAUAUUUUUUAAAAGAAGAGUUCAGCAGCACCUCUUGUUAAUUAACUUUUGUCAGGAAGAGAGAAGCAAGAGCUGCAAACUUAACCAAUAUGAUGAGAGGAGGUAAUCCUC